AUGGACACCCAACAUGUUAUCCACGAAAACCAAAAAGUCCCCUGCACCAAGGGCCUUGCCCCCAAGGACGUAUUUCCCGGCUUUGAUCCGACCCCCCGCACUUUCGUUGACGAAGGGAUGAAAGUCGAGUAUAACCACCCCAUCAAAGCUCGUGACGGAGUCCAGCUUCGAGCAGAUCUCUACCUUCCAGAAAAACAACCCGAAAAUCUCAAGCUACCGACCGUCCUAGUCUUUACCCCAUUUGGAAAGAAGACGCCAUAUGACAUCUCAAAGCUACCCACUUCCCAGGAAUUUGAUCCGGGAUACCAUGGUGUGGCAUUCUCGAAAUACCUCAUCUUUGAAGCUAGUGAUCCAGUUUUCUGGACUCAAAAUGGUUUCGCAUACGUCGCUGUUGAUUCUCGGGGUAGUUUUGCUUCGGAAGGAGAUUUCUUUUCUUUUAUAACUAAGUCUGAUGGACGCGAUGCGUGCGAUGUUAUUGAGUAUCUUGGUGAGCGGCCUUGGAGUAAUGGUCGGGUUGGGAUGAUCGGGGCUAGUGGGUUGGGACACAUUCAAUGGCAUGCUGCUGCUAAUCGCCCGCGCCAUCUGGCCGGGAUUAUGGUGCAAGAUGCAUAUGUUGAUUUCUAUCGCGAGAUCGCGUGCAAAGGAGGUGUCCCUCACAUGAAUUUUGUCAAGCUCUUGGACACAGUCUAUGCUGCUCAGGGAAACGUGGAAGGUUGCUCCAAGAUUGAUAUUGUGAGAGCUGUUGAAGAAAACCCCCACGACAGCAAGUUUUGGGAUAUCUUCAGGCCGAACAUAGAUCAAAUAACUUGUCCUCUUUAUCUGAUUACCAGUUUGGCCGAUAAUGGUGUUCACACCCCUGGCUCGAUUCGAGGUUAUCUUGCGGCCCAGUCAACAACCAAGUAUAUUGAGCUUCAUCCCUAUCUGAAAUGGGAGUGGCAGCUCACCGCGGAAUCCCUGGAGCGUCAACUUGCUUUCUUUAAUAAAGUCCUGAAUGGUCCGGAUCAGAGAGCCGCUGGUGCAGUAGACUUCUGGCCACCAGUUCGUCUCCAUGUCACAGACAAACAUUAUUCCGGUAGCUGGCGCAGUGAGAACGAGUUCCCCAUUGCGAGAACCCAGCGCACAAAGUUCUUUCUUGGUCCAAACGAGACUCUUCUGAAGGAUUCCAUAGUUGACAGUGACUCCGCUACAUAUGACGCGAAAACAGGAUCUGUCGCCUGGCAGCACACAUUCGAUAAGCCUACUGAAAUCACCGGAUCAUCUCGUCUGCACUUGUCACUGUCCAUCUCCGAAGGCUCUGAUGCAGACCUGUUUGUUACUCUCCAAAAAUUUAAUCGAGAUGGUCAGGUCGUCAGAUUCCCUUACCACUCUUUUGUAAAUGAUGGACAUGUGGCAUGGGGCUGGCAACGAAGUUCUAAGCGGAAGCGGGCAGACAAUCCUUAUGGUGAUGAGGUUAUGCACACUUUCCUUGAAAAGGAUGUGCAGCCACUAAAGCCUGGUGAGAAGGUGGAAGUGGAUAUCAAUAUUCAACAGGCUGCUACCCUGUUCCGUCAGGGUGAGGCUAUCCGGGUUGUUAUUCAAGGCAGGGACUUUAAUGAGUAUAGCCCCAAUUGUCAAGUGCCACGCGCUGGAACUGGUUGCAAUGCUGGUCAGCACACUAUCUUCAUGGAAGGUAGCUUUGUUGAAUUGCCGAUCGUCCCAUUCAAAUACGCCUAG